UGUAUUAGAUAUGUUGGCAUGACGUGCGAUUUACGUGUCAGACGGUGCUCGAGCCUUGACAGGGUACGGGUGACGCGAUUUGGUGCGGGACGAUAGAUGAAGUCGGCUGUUAUAGAUCUCGAAGACGAUGAAAGGUGGGAGGAAGCACGGUGAAAUCAAGUGAUAUGUCGAGAGAGCGAAUCUUGUCUGUCUCAGUCUCUUGUUCUUGGGAAAGAGGAAAAAAAGUAUGAUGAGAUUGCGAGGUGUCCGAGCCCCCUGCAAUUAAGCGGAUCGCUUGCUGGAUCCCAGCGAAGGGCACAGCGUGCCUUGAGUGGGCACUGGUUCAAGAAAAAUGGCUGGGGCGGCCGCUGAAGGAAGGUGCGACGACGCGGGUGGUCGUAUCCUCUCUGUAGCCGUUGCCAAUUGGCGCGUCGAGUCGUUGAUGAUGGCCGAGAGCUCCGCAGUUAUUCCCUGGACCGGCGCAAAGAGCAAAGGACAACAGAUGUCAAGAGAGACAAGACGGGAGUUGGCAGUAGAGAGCGAGGGAAAAACACAUGACAGUUGCACCAGGUUCCACCGCGACGGAAAGAAGCAGACGCUUGCAGGAUUCGCUUCGCUGGGUUGCGCCCAUCGUCGGGGUCCUCUAAAGCGAGUCAUCCCGGGCAUUUCGAGCCGUACUGGCCGAACCGUUGCUAAGUGGAGUUGGAACGUCUACAACAAAGACAAUGUCGACCGUGUGCGUCAAAAUGAGGCAGCUGCCCAAGCCAGAGAGGAAGAAGCAGAACGCCGCAUGCAGGAGGAAGAUGCUGCUCGUCGCACUGCCAUCCUACGAGGCGAAGCUCCUCCACCCAUCUCAUCUCAGUCGCCUCAACCGGAAAAAGGUACUGCCAGGCGGCGCCGAGAUGAUGGUCAUGGACAAGAUCGCAAACGAAGGCGUUUGAGAGGCGAAGAUGACACGGAUAGGGACAUGCGUAUAGCCAGAGAAGACGCCGCCGCUGGAGCUGCUGCUCGUGAGAGUAUGAGUCAAAGCGAGAAGAAGAAAGAUGACGCCGAUGUGUCUAUAACAGAUCACGCUGGCCACAUUCAGCUCUUCGCAGCGCCCAAUGAGCGUGCCGUACUAGCCAACUCACGCAAUGUCGAAGCAGAAGCGGACAAGGCGAAGAAAGCGCGCGAGUUUGAAGAUCAAUUUACCAUGCGAUUCUCAAACGCCGCUGGGUUCAAGCAGUCAUUGUCUUCAGCACCAUGGUAUGUUUCCUCCAACAAACAAGAAUCCGAAAUCCCGCAACCCAGCAAAGACGUCUGGGGGAACGAGGACACGAGUCGUAAAAACAGAGAGCAAACAAGGAUGAGUUCGAAUGACCCCAUGGCAUUUAUGCGCAAAGCACAAACACAGUUGAGACAGGCCGAGACGGACAAGGAGAAAUGGAAGGCACAGAAGGAACGAGAGCUCAGGGAAUUGGAGCAGGCCGAGAAGGAGGAGAGGCGAAAGCGGAAAGAGCGUCGACACAAACAUCAGCACAGAGCAAGGAGUCGAAGUGUAGACAGUCUUGAAGGCUUCUCCCUCGAUGCGCCGACACGAGAGAGCCGUCGGAUUAAAGCAGAAAGAGGCAGUCGUCCGGAUACGAAAGAAUCCGACAGACAGCACAAACACAAGCACAGAAGCAGGAGUCGAAGCAGGGAUCGCAAACAUGGUUCUUCGCACUACUCAUCACGUCGGUCACGUCACCAAAGAUCAAGAAGUCCAGCUUGA